UCUGCUGAUGGCAGAGGCGCGAUUAGUGUUGACAACACCGCCCUGGAUCUCAUCCCUGUUUAUCUAUUUCCCAAAGUAUUUUUAUUUGGAAAGAAUAAAGCGAAUUUGGAGGAAAGGAAAGACAUGUCUUAAUGUAUUUGAUACCUCUCUGAUGCAUGUGCCUGUCAGCUGAAGCGUGCUGGAAGAAUGCAGCCUAAAACCAGAAGAUAUGCUGGAGUCUGGCAUCAAACGAGGAGCCUGCUCUACAAAAACCUGCUGAUCAAAUGGAGGACCAAACAACAGAGUCUCCAGGAGUUGAUCUUGCCAUUGCUGCUCCUGGGCUUCCUCAUCCUCAUUGGCACCCUCAAUCCUCACGUUUCAUACUGCAGUAUCAGCAGCGAAGAGCUGGAGAAUGAACAGAACCUGUCAAUCAAAGGUCUCGGCUACACCCCCAUCAACAAUGUAACCAAUCACAUCAUGGAAGAGGUGGCACGGGAACUGCUCAUGAAUGAGCGAUUAGAGAUGUUCUCCACUGAGGAACAAUUGGAGAAUGCCAGUCUCGCUGAUCCAGAUGGCUUUGUAGGAGUGGUCUUCUUGGAUUCGAUGGAGUACCUUCUGCGAUUCCCGAUUUACCAACUCCCUCUGCCUAGUGACUUCAGCGAAUCCAUAACACGCUGUUACAUAGACUAUGUCAACUACCAUGCCACCAGAUACUGGUAUUCUGGAUUCAUACGGCUGCAGUCUCUCAUUGAUGCUGCCAUCAUACAGAUGAAGACCAAACGUCCCGUGUGGAACGAACUAAAAGUGCGUGCAGUGAUGAUGGGACAUCCGGGUACAGUGGAGGUCCAGAAGUCGCAUUAUGCCCUGAUCUCCAUAUACCUAGUGCUGGUGUUUACACCCUUUGUCGAUUUCCUCAUUGUCAAUGUGGUGGCUGAAAAAGAGCAGCGGCUGAAAGACACAAUGGGCAUGAUGGGAUUGUAUGACUCUGCCUUUUGGCUUUCAUGGGGCCUCCUCUAUGCUGCAUUAGUGACGACCAUGUCUAUUCUCAUGGCUGUAAUAGCAACCUGUACACCCCUGUUCUCCAACAGCAACUUCUUUGUCAUCUUCCUCCUCAUUUUCCUCUAUGGAAUAUCUUCUAUUUGCUUCUCCUUCAUGUUGACCCCUUUGUUUAAGAAGCCCAAGUUUGCAAGUACAGUGGGCUCUAUACUGACUGUGGUGCUAGCGUGUCUACCUCUUUCCACUGUUCUGAUGAGAGAUUUCCCCCAGUCAGCCGUGUGGCUCCUCUGCCUUCUGUCUCCCAGCGCCUUCUCUAUCGGCAUCACCCAGGUGGUGUUUCUGGAAACUCAGAGGGACGGCGCAGUGUUUUCCGCUCUGGGGAAUGGUCCUCACGCCCUCUAUGUUCCUAUGGUCAUGCUGUUGUUGGACUGCAUUCUCUAUCUGCUUUUAGCCAUUUACCUGGACCAAGUGCUACCAGGCGAGUUUGGCACAAGGCGCUCAGUGCUGUACUUCCUACAGCCAUCCUAUUGGUCAAAGCGUUAUGUGGAGCUGAGCUCUGUGUAUGAGGGCGAGGUCAACAGACCCCCAGUGAAUGAUGAAUCGGUGGAGGUGGUUUCUCCUGAGUUUAGAGGGAAAGAGGUUAUCAGGAUCUGCAAUAUUCGUAAAAUAUACAGAGCGAAAGACACCAAAGUGGAGGCUUUGAGAGGUUUGACUUUGGACAUCUAUGAGGGUCAGAUCACUGCCCUGCUGGGUCACAGUGGAGCAGGAAAAUCCACCCUCAUGAACAUCCUGUGUGGCAUCUGCCCCCCUACAGAAGGCACGGCAACCAUCUAUGGCUCUCCUGUGGCAGAGAUAGCAGUGAGGGCUGAGAUGAAACAGCUGGUUGGUAUAUGCCCCCAGUUGAACAUCAUCUUUGAUUUGCUCACUGUAGAGGAACACCUGAGAAUCUUUGCUGCCAUUAAAGGGAUCCUGCCGUCUGAUGUUGAUGGUGAGGUGAGAAAAGUUCUAAAGGAUCUGGAUUUAGAAAAGAUUAUGGACGCCCGGGCGAAAAACCUGAGUGGAGGCCAGAAAAGGAAGCUCUCUGUGGGCAUAGCGAUUCUCGGAGACCCAAAGAUCCUUCUUCUGGAUGAGCCUACGGCUGGUAUGGACCCAGUGUCUCGACAGCAGGUCUGGGCCUUACUGAAGAGCCGUAGAGCAGGCAGAGUUACUGUAUUCAGCACUCAUUAUAUGGACGAGGCAGAUAAACUUGCAGAUCGUAAAGCUGUCAUCUCUCAAGGACAGCUCAAAUGUGUUGGUUCCUCUUUGUACCUGAAGACCAAGUGUGGGGUUGGCUACCAACUUAGAAUGUCUGUAACUGAAGGCUGUGAAGUGGAGAACAUCACAUCACUGGUUAAGCAGCAUGUUCCCAAGGCUCAGCUGUCAAGGCAGCAAGAGGCUGAGCUUACAUUCACAUUGUCUUCCGAGAGCAUGGACACGUUCCCAGGGCUGUUCACGGAGCUGGACUGUCGACCUGACCUGGGAAUCAUCAACUACGGUGUCUCCGAGACAACAUUAGAGGAUGUCUUCUUGCGCUUGGAGGCAGAGGCAGAAGUGGAUCAGUCUGAUUACAGUGUGUUUAACCAAGAAAAGGUGGAAGACGAGGGAGACGCGUCCUCUAUGGAUGACACAGAGCAGCAGCUGCUGAUGUUUUCAGACAGCAGACAGGAUGCAGUAACUGGUCGAGCCCUUUGGAGGCAGCAGUUUAGAGCCAUGGCCUGGCUGCACAUGCUCAACCUGCAGAGAGAGAGAAAAUCUAUCAUAAACAAUUUGUCACUAUUCCUAGCGUUCUUAUGUGCAAUGGUUAUGGCAUCCUUGACCUGGAGAAACUUUUCUAGUCUUUCUGAUAAAAGACUGUUUUCACCUAUAUACCUGCUGCACCGCAACGAGACCCUUGGCAAAUACACCACCAGCCUGCUUGUGCAAAACUCCACCGACUCUGACCUGUCAGGGUUCAUCCACGAUCUGGAGUCUCAGGAUAUUAAAGUGGAAAUGAUGAAAGAACUGGACUACAUAUCUGCUGCUCCUGUCAGCGCCGCCAUCAACGUGACAGGAUCCAGUGAGAAUUUUACCUACAUUUUAGCAUUUAACAUUACCACUAUGCACUCUUUGCCUAUGGCUGUCAAUGUGCUCAGUAACGCCCUCCUGAGAGGCUCUAAUGGCACUGGACACAUUAAAACAUGGACUAAACCCUUCUACUAUCAAAUCCCAGGUAAGGUGUCCUAUGCACUGGUUUACAUUGAGACUGUGAUUCUUGGGAUUCUGGCCGCUGGGAUGCCAGCCUAUUUUGCAAUGGACCACACAAGAGACAAAGAGUUGAAGUGUCACUCGAUCCUGAGGAUCUCUGGUCUUGUUCCUUCAGCGUACUGGUGCGGUCAGGCAUCUAUUGAUGUCCCUUUCUAUUAUCUUAUCUUAAUCUGUAUGACCAGCACCCUGUUUGCCUUCCAUUCUACAAACCUGCUAACCUUAUAUAAUACCUUGUCUGUGGCUCUGUGUCUGAUUGGCUUCGCUCCAGCCAUGGUUCUCUUCACAUACUGUAUAUCCUUCAUGUUCGUCAAGUUCCAGAGCAAUAGGGACGACUUCUCAGGGGUCUCCAUGAUAUUGUGUGUGGUUUCUGCGACCGUAAUCCAGAUAGCUCUUGUGAAUAAGAAAUAUGUUGUGGCUCGUCUCCUACACAGUGCACUGUGCUUCUUCAGUCCACUCUACCCUCUCAUGGGCUGCCUUAACUGCAUUACCAUGGCCACCUUCCUUCAGUCUCCUUAUGAUGAUGAUUUCCUGUGGAAGAAUCUCUUCAUCUCUGUUUUGUCUCCAUAUAUCCAGUGUAUUCUGCUGCUCUUCACACUUAGAUGGCUUGAGAUCAGAUAUGGAGGGAAAACUAUGAAUAAUGAUCAGCUAUGCAGGAUUUCCUCCCAAGCGAAGAGUAAACCUCAGCGAAACCCAGAGGAGAACGUGAGUGAGGAUGAGGAUGAGGAUGUUCAGGUGGAGAAAGCUCGAGUGAAGGAGGCGUUGACUUGUCAGAGCUGUGAGGAGAAACCGUUGGUAGUGGUGAGUAACCUCAGCAAACAGUACAAAUGCAAGAGGGAGAGAUUUUCGCUCAGCAAAAGAAGGAAAGUGGCCACUAAGAACGUCUCAUUUUGUGUUCGCAAAGGUGAGGUUUUGGGUCUGCUGGGACCAAAUGGAGCGGGAAAGAGCACUAUCAUGCACAUGCUGUCUGGAGUCACUGAACCCACUGCUGGACAGAUUCUAAUGGGAGAUUAUGGAACAGACUUCCAACCAGUGGGAAACCCCUUGGAACAUGUGGGGUACUGUCCUCAGGUGAACCCUCUGUGGCCGAGAAUCACUCUACAGGAGCACCUGGAGUUCUACGCUGCUAUAAAGGGGAUACAGCAGCAUGAUAUGUCAAAUAUCAUUAAGCGUGUUGUCGAUGCUCUAGAGCUGAAGGAUCAUCUUUACAAACAGGCUAAAAACUUGUCUGCUGGGCUGAAGAGGAAGCUCUGCUUUGCACUAAGCAUGCUGGGAAAUCCUCAGAUAGUUCUGUUGGACGAACCAUCUACAGGAAUGGAUCCCACAUCGAAACAACGCAUGUGGAGGGCGAUCCGAGCUGCCUUUAAGAACAAACAGCGAGGAGCCAUAUUUACCACCCACUACAUGGAGGAGGCCGAGGCUGUGUGUGACCGUGUGGCCAUCAUGGUUUCUGGUCAGCUGAGGUGUAUUGGCUCUAUUCAGCACCUGAAGGGGAAGUUUGGGAGAGGCUACAGCCUCGAGAUUAAUCUCAGGGAGGAGCUCUCAGGUCUCCAGGAGGUAGCGCUGUUGCACGAAGAGAUACUGAAGAUAUUUCCCCACGCUGCUCGUCAGGACAGUUUUGCCACUCUGAUGGAGUACAAAAUUCCAAUGGAAGAUGUGAAGUCGCUAGCCAAGUCCUUUGCCCAAUUAGAAAGUGCUAAACAGAACUUUAACUUUGAAGAGUACAAUUUCUCCCAGUCAACGCUUGAACAAGUUUUCAUGGAGUUCGCUAAAGAGCAAGAGAAUGCAGAAGAGGAGGUCGGAUCGCUUAGCACAACUUUUCAAUGGCAGAGACUGAGACAGGACAGGCCUGUAUCCCUCAAUCACACAGACAGCAUAGUACACCAGCUAUGAGCCAAUCCUGUUAAACCUUCCCUGAAGCGUUGUGCCUUCUUUAUCCUCUGUGUCUUUCUCUAUCGCUCUGCAUGUGCCAUCAUUUGCCUUAAAGAGCCUUAAACUGAUGGGACUCACAGGACAAUAGACUGUGGAGACUCCAGCAGCCACUAGCACGCAUACAAGACGUGUGUGUGUGUGUGCGUGUGUGUGUGCUCUUGUUUUUGUGACAUAUCAGGACACAACUCUGUAUAAUGACAUGGGUAUGACACAGGUAUUGCAAGCAGAGGGUGACUUAUGA